UAUCUAAAUUGCAGUCACUGAUAAACUGAAAUAGUAUGGAAGCAAAAAGUCUGGAAUGUAAAUAAACAAGAUGACGUCAAAAAGUGCUCAAUAUUUUCUUCCAAAUUUUAUUUACUCAAUUAAUACUUUAUUUUUGUCUUUAUCUUUAGUACGGGAUUUUUUUUUGUAUAAAAAUGACUAAUUUCGCUACUUUAGGUAUCAGUGAUUACUUGAGCUCCGGCAGAGAUUAUUCAAUUUCUUUGUAACUUAAAAAUAAUUCAAACCAAGACAAUGUUAUCAAUCAGAUUAAUUGUUCUUUUGUUGAUGAUGGCAUCAUUCACAACGGCCGUUGACUAUUGUCAAUUGAGUUGUAAUAACAUUCAAAAUAUUGGCUGCAACAAUCCAUUAUCGAAAGGUGGUUGGGGUUCAGACUGUAAGAAUCCAGAACUUUUGAAAAUGACAUCCGAUUAUAAAGAAGCCCUCGUUGACAUACACAAUAAGUAUCGUAAUAUGCAAGCCUCCGGACAGAUUAAAAACUAUGAGCCGGCUGUGCGCAUGGCGAAGAUGAGAUGGGACGCUGACUUGGAAUAUUUGGCUGAAUUAAAUAUUCGACGAUGUAUAUACGGACACGAUAAAUGUCGUGACACACAGAAAUAUCGUAGUGCUGGGCAAAAUAUCGCCGAAAGAUGGACAACCGAUUUGAAUUGGGAUAGAAAUUUUACAACAAAAGACUUGACUGAUUUGGCUUUUGGUUGGUUCGAUGAAAACAAAGAUGGUCAACACUAUGGUUGGAUGGAUCUUAUUAACAAAUUAGAGGAGAAGGAUUUUGAUAAUUCAGGACCUGAUGUGGGUCACUUUACACAAUGGGUCCAAGAAAAAGCCGAGGCGAUAGGGUGUGCUGCCGCUUUUACUAAAAUGACCGUAGAGGGAAAGGAAACACAAGCCGUGUUGUUUGCAUGUAAUUAUUCGUAUGGAAAUAUGAUUGGAUCUCCUGUUUAUGUUGCUGGCUCGAAGGCUUCGAAAUGCAAAACUGGCGCUGACAAAACCUAUCCAGGCCUCUGUAGCAUUAAUGAAGUAUAUUAAUCUUAAGAAAUAUGUUAAGCCAAAUAAAACCAUUACAAUAAUAAAUUUAACCGUAA